UUGAACGGGGCAAUGCUGAGUGUGUGUUUCCCCUCAUACCCUCCAGUGACCUUAACGCCAAGGACACGUCUGGCCGCACACCCCUCCAUUUGGCUGGUGAGCGGGGCAGUGCGUAGUGUGUAUCUGCCCUCAUGCCCUCAAGUGAUUUUAACACGAAAAACAAGUUUUGCCGCACACCCCUCCACUUGGCUGCUGAACAGGUCAGUGCUGAGUGUGUGUCUGCGCUCAUACCCUCCAGUGACCUUAACACCAAGGACAAGGAUGGCCGCACACCCCUCCACUUGGCUGCUGAGCGGGGCAGUGCUGAGUGUGUGUUUGCCCUCAUGCCCUCCCGUGACCAUAACGCCAAGGACACGGCUGGCUGCAUACCCCUCCAUUUGGCUGCUAUUCGGGGCAGUGCUGAGUGUGUGUAUGGCCUUAUGCUCUCCAGUGACCUUAACAACAAAGACAAGGAUGGCCGCACACCCCUUCACUGGGCUGUUAUGCGGGGCAGUGCUGAGUGUGUGUCUUCCCUCAUACUCUCCAGUGACCUUAGCGACAAGGACAAGGAUGGCCGCACACCCCUCCACUUCACUGCUGAGCGGAGCAUUACUGAGUGUAUGUCUGCCCUCAUACCCUCCACUGACCUUAACGCCAAGGACAAGGAUGGCCGCACAACACGCCACUUGGCUGCUGAGCGGGGCAGUACUGAGUGUGUGUCUGCCCUCAUACCCUCCACUGACCUUAACGCCAAGGACAAGGAUGGCCGCACACCCCUCCACUUGGCUGCUAUGCGGGGCAGUGCUGAGUGUGUGUCUGGCCUUAUAUCCUCCACUGACCUUAACAGUACUGAGUGUGUGUCUGACCUCAUACCCUCCAGUGACCUUAACGCCAAGGACAAGGAUGGCCGCACACCCCUCCACUUGGCUGCUAUGCGGGGCAGUGCUGAGUGUGUCUCUGACCUCAUGCCCUCCAGUGACCUUAACGCCGAAGACAAGGAUGGCCGCACUCCCCUCCACUUGCUUGCUAACGUUUGGUUGGGCAGUGCUGAGUGUGUGUCUGUCCUCAUACCCUCCAGUGACUUUAACACCAAGGACAAGGAUGGCCGCACACCCCUCCACUUGGCUGCUGAGCGGGGCAGUGCUGAGUGUGUGUCUGUCGUCAUACCCUCCAGUGACUUUAACACCAAGGACAAGGAUGGCCGCACACCCCUCCACUUCGCUGCUGAGCGGGGCAGUGCUGAGUGUGUGUCUGUCCUCAUACCCUCCAGUGAUUUUAACACCAAGGGCAAGGAUGGCCGCACACCCCUCCACUUGGCUGCUGAGCGGGGCAGUGCUGAGUGUGUGUCUGUCCUCAUACCCUCCAGUGACUUUACCACCAAGGACAAGGAUGGCCGCACACCCCUCCACUUGGCUGCUGAGCGGGGCAGUGCUGAGUGUGUGUCUGUCCUCAUACCCUCCAGUGACUUUACCACCAAGGACAAGGAUGGCCGCACUCCCCUCCACUUGCCUGCUAACGUUUGGUUGGGCAGUGCUGAGUGUGUGUCUGUCCUCAUACCAUCCAGUGACUUUAACACAAAGGACAAGGAUGGCCGCACACCCUUUCACUUGGCACACCUAUCUAUUUGGCUGCUGAGCGGGGCAGUGCUGAGUGUGUGUCUGUCCUCAUACCAUCCAGUGACUUUACCACCAAGGACAAGGAUGGCCGCACACCCCUCCACUUGGCUGCUGAGCGGGGCAGUGCUGAGUGUGUGUCUGCCCUCAUACCCUCCAGUGACUUUAACACCAAGGGCAAGGAUGGCCGCACACCCUUUCACUUGGCACACCUAUCUAUUUGGCUGCUGAGCGGGCCAGUGCUGAGUGUGUGUUUGCCCUUAUAACCUCCAGUGACUUUAACAGCAAGAACACGGCUGGCCGCACACCCCUCCACUUGGCUGGUAAGCGGGGCAGUACUGAGUGUGUGUUUGCCCUCAUACCCUCCAGUGGCCUUAACGACAAGGACACGGCUGCUGCUUAGGCUGCGUUUACACCAAGCACGUCGCGUCCCGUCACGUCACGUCACGUCACGUCAAGUCAUGAAUCGCCACCCCAGUUUAACACUGAUUUGUAUGGAUAUUUGAAAAAUGCGUUUACACCGGUUCCGUCCAGUCACGUCACGUCACGCCGCGUCGCGUCGCGUCAAGUCAAUAUAUAGAGCUGGUUCUAUUUUUCACCUGACGUGACGUGACGUGACGUGACGGGACGCGACGUGCUUGGUGUAAACGCAGCCUAAUUA